AUGGCCUCCGCGACCCCGAUGGAGGACCUCAUGCGCGACAAGAUCGUACACGCGUUCACCCCAACGACCUUGAUAAUCCGCAAUGACUCGCAUAAACACGCACACCACGCUGCGAUGGAAGGGUCAACGUCCAAGGAGACGCAUUUCCAGUACGCCACCCCCCUGCCUCGGUCCAUGAAGCCAGACCACACCAAUGUAUACAUUUCAUAUUGGCUGAAUGCUAAUGUCGGCAGUGUCACGAUUACAUCGGCCGCCUUCGAGUCAAAGAUGCAGCCUGCGCGACACCGCAUGGUGUACGCUUUGCUGAAGGAGGAGAUGGCCAAGGAAGGCGGGAUCCACGCUCUGCAAUUGAAGACGAAGACACCGGCCGAGGAGCAGCGGGAGAAGGAGAGGGAAGCGCAGGCUUAG